AUGGUCUCCAUGGGGCUCCAGCUGCUGGGCUAUGCCGUGGCCUUCCUGGGCUACAUUGGCACGCUGACGGCCACGCUGCUGCCCAGCUGGAAGACCAGCUCCUACAUCGGCUCCAGCAUCGUGACGGCUGUGGGCUUCACCAAGGGGCUGUGGAUGGAAUGCGCCACAUACAGCACAGGCAUCACCCAGUGCGACAUCUACAGCUCCCUGCUCAACCUGCCCACCGACGUCCAGGCGGCCCAAGCCCUGAUGGUGAGCUCCUGUGCCGUCUCCUCCCUUGCCUGCCUCCUCACCAUUGUGGGCAUGAGGUGCACCGUCUUCAGCCAGGGCUCGCCGAGCAAGGACCGUGUAGCAGUGGCAGGCGGCGCAGUCUUCAUCCUUGGCGGGCUGCUCUGCUUCAUCCCACUGGUGUGGAACAUCCAUGUGGUGCUGCAGGAUUUCCGCAACCCUGUCCUCCCUGACAGCAUGAAGUUUGAGCUCGGGGAGGCACUUUACCUGGGCAUCAUCUCUUCCCUCCUCUCCCUCAUCGGCGGCUUCAUCCUCUGCACCUCCUGCCCUGCCCGAGACCCAACAACCACCUACACAAGCACCUACCAGCCCCGGCUGCUGGCAGGCAAGAGCCCCCGGCCCUCCAUCAGCCAGACACAGAAGACCAAGAGUGAGCUCAACUCCUACAACCUGACAGGAUAUGUUUAG